AUGGUGUCAUCACUUGUUUCAUUGAUUUCCAAGAAAAUAAUCAAACCUUCUAUUCUCACUCUUCCUUCUCUAAAAUGUCACAAACUUUCCUUUGUUGAUCAAGUUAUGCAUAUGUCUAUUUCCAUGGCAUUUUUCUACCCAAAUUUUGGAAAUUGUGAACCUACACAUGUAUCUCAAAUUCUUGAAAAAUCACUUUCUAAAGGUCUUUCAUUUUAUUAUCCUUAUGGUGGAAGGUUGAAUAAGGAUGAUGGUAAUUUUGUUGAUUGUAAUGAUAUGGGAGUUGAAUUAUCACACGUUCGUGUACAUUGUCCCAUGUCUCAAAUUUUUACACAACCAUACACCAAUGCUGAACAUGUUGUUUUUCCUGUUGAGCAACCUUACGGCUAUAAUGAAGGAAAUUUAGCUACAACUCAGGCCCAACUAAAGCAUGGAUCCAGAGCCCAAACGAGGAUGAACUUGGCUCUGAUACCAUUGAAAUGGAUUGAGUCAAAAUGGACUAAACAAUGGAUCAAUACUAUAGUUUGGUCAUCCGUAUUGCCAACUAAUUCAGAUCAGGUAAGCCAUUUUGAUUGCGGAGGAAUAGCAAUUGGUGGAUGCUUAUCACACAAGAUCGGAGAUGGUUGCACAGCCAGCAAUUUCAACAAUUGGGGAAUUUUGAGCCGUGAUAUAAGUGCAACACUGUCUCCUCACUUUGUUGGAGAAUCCAUUUACCCACAAUCUGCUGAUCCUUCUGUUGUAUCAACUAUAGAGCCAGACGAUCCAAAAGAAUAUUUAGGGAAAAAAAUUCAUUUUCCCUGCUGA